CCGUCUUCUCUCUACCAUAUUUUCGGAGAGAAAAUCCUCUACUUGAAUCUCGGGGCACUUCCAUAACUUCUUCAGCGGUUCUUAGAAGCUUUCGCACAUGUCAAUUUCUCUGUCUGUUUGUUACUAUUCCUAGCAAUGGGAUUUGGGUGCCUUUGUGGGCUUCUGGAUCGAGCAUAUUGAUGCCUCGUGUUUGAGUUUGAGGAUUUUGGUUGCAUAAAAUCGCGCCAAGAUAAUAAUUUAGGGUUUUGAUUCCUGACAUGUCCGAUACUUCGAGGGGUCGAGUCACCAUUACUCUUGGCCGUAGUGGUCAGGUUGUAAAGAGGGAUCUGUCUGCGUCGGGUGCUUCUUUCUCUUCUUCUGUUCCCACAGCCGGGAUUAAGCGCUCUGUGAGAGAUAGAAUAGGACAUAAUGCAGACAGUUCUUUAUGGCAUGAGGAUGAUCACAGCAACAAUAAACGACAGAGAGGAGAUAUAAGCAUGCGAAGUAGGCUGGAUGGUAAAGGGCGAAUUGACAAAGAUGAUCUCCGCCUAAAGCUUAUGAGGAAAAGUGCACUGAGGCGCACUGAGGGUAAUGGUAAUACUAAGAGGCUCAUGGAUCUCCGUGAAAAAUUGUCAACAGCAGUUCAACAUCCAGUUGCAAGUUCUAGUUUAAAACAACAAAUGUCUGAUAGGGAAACAAGCAUGUUAGGCCGAAUCUCUUCAGCUAGAAGUUCUGAUGAUUUAAUGCGAAUGGAAAAUAUGAGAAGCUCAUACUCACCUUGGUCAUCAAAUCAUAUGAGACAGAGAUCACCAGAUGGAUUUCCUGGUACUUCCAGGGGCAUUUCCCCUCAAAGUAAUGUUAAAGACCUCCAAAGAAGGCCUUUGAGCAGGGCAUACGACAGUGCUAGGCCCGUUCCUUAUGUGACUAGGGAUGCUCUCGAGAAUUCAAGGCCUCCAAGCGCUGCACCUGCAUCUUUAAUGUCACAUUCUACAGUGUCCACGGUGCCUUCAAUAACAGUUAAGCCUAUAGCGCCACAACUUGGACAACUUCCUCCUCCAAGAAUUGCAGCAGCAGCACAGAGGACUUCAUACAUGGAAAGCGAACAGCAAACACCCCAAACUGUGGAUGGUCUGUUAAAUGCGCUGGGACUGGGAAAAUAUGCUAUUCUCUUCAAGGCUGAGGAAGUGGAUAUGGCUGCAUUGAAGCAGAUGGGAGAGAAUGAUCUUAAAGAGCUUGGAAUUCCCAUGGGUCCAAGGAAAAAAAUUCUUCUUGCACUCCUGCCUCGCGCCAAACGUCAACAGUGACAUCUAUUGUGCUUGGUGCUGACACUAACGCGUGUUGGGUUCACCAGCUUAUUUUUUUCGGGUGAUGAUGAAGUAUGCACAUGAAGAUUCCAAUGACUAUAACAUAGGCCUUUUAACCUAUGGGGUGGAUAUUAUCCCAUUCAUAUAUAUACUGGUUCCUUUCUGUGGAUAACAACAUAAGAUUGGGUUAUGAUCUAUAAAGUGUGGGGAAUAUUGAUAUGCGUAUAAUGAUAUCUCUUUUGUUUUUUUCCCCCC